GCCAUUGCUUAUCAUCUUGACUGAUUCAGACAUGGAUCUCGUGCUGAACGUUGCCGACCACUAUGUCCUCACCCCCUACGUGUACCCGUUGUCAUGGCCAGAGGACACAGCACUGCGCCAGAUCAUCAGCCUGUUGGUAGUCACCAACCUGGGGAUCGCGGUCCUCUACCUGGGCCUUGGCUGGCUGAGCUACCAAUUCAUCUUUGACCACAACCUCAUGAAACAUCCACAGUUUCUAAAGAACCAGGUGUGGCUGGAGAUCAGACAUGCCAUGACCUCGCUGCCCAUUAUUAGUAUCCCCACCGUGGCGUUAUUUUUCAUUGAGGUCAAAGGACACAGUAAGCUCUAUGACAACGUCGAAGAAUCUCCCAUGGACUGGCCCUUUGUGCUUUUCAGCAUUAUUUCCUUUGUGUUAUUCACGGAUGGGUGCAUCUAUUGGAUUCAUCGGUUUCUUCACCACAGAUGUAUUUACAAGCACUUCCACAAGAAGCAUCAUGUGCUGAAGAUCCCCACGCCGUUCGCCAGCCACGCCUUCCACCCGCUGGACGGCUUCCUGUCGAGCCUGCCCUACCAUGUCUACCCCUUCCUCUUCCCCCUGCACAAGGUGCUCUACCUGGCCCUCUACAUCUUUGUCAACAUCUGGACCGUGUCCAUCCACGACGGCGCAUACCGCAUGCCCGGUCCACUGCAGGAGGUGGUCAACGGGGCGGCCCACCACACGGACCACCACCUCUGCUUCAACGUCAACUACGGCCAGUACUUCACCUUGUGGGACCGCAUUGGUGGGUCUUACCAAAACCCCUCGGUUCUCGAAGGGAAGGGCCCCCUCGACUGCAUUAGUAGACUGACAGCCGAGGGGAAGAUUAGCUCUAAUGGGGCUAAUGCCAAUGGCCACACGAAUGGGCAUGAUAAUGGAAGUGGUACAAAGAGCAAGGAGGAGUAGCUGGUAGCAGCUAACCAAACUAUUCUUUCAGAGAACCUCCCAGACAAUCAAGACCCAUGCCUCACUCCAUUGUGUGUUUGAUAGCCAAUGGGUUCUCAGCAAACCUUUCACCGCCAUAUCUGAGGAGAAGCGGUCUCCCUGCCGCAUCCAAGCAGUAAAGUAGCCAGCUGGAUAACCUCGGCGUCGCAGGACUUUGCAGAAAUUCAGCCAACUGCGAUUGACUCAUAGAUAGCAAGCUAAACAUCAUGCUAUAAAAAAUAUAACUAACAAAUUAGAUAGGGGUAGAAUUACAGGUUUUCAGAUAUAAAAAUGAAAGUCCUGCUGAUGGACUAGCUAGCUACAAUGUAAUGGUGUUGUCUAGUAGCUAGCUACACAUGACAUUGUCCUCUCGGUUGUCCUCCACUUUGUCUGUAUAUGCAUUGUGUCCUGCUAUCAUACUGUAUGUCCCAAAAAACAAUGAUGUACAUAUGUUUAAUCUUGGUUAACCCCGAAUGAAAGUCUCAAGUAAUUGGUCAGCUGCUCGAUUAAGUUCUGGGUCCAUACGUGUUAACAGAAGGGAUUAAGAGAGCUCCACCCUUUCUUUUUGCAAGUUACGGGCCAAAUGCCCCCUCCCCUUCCGAAAUUCAACAGAUGCCAACACCUGAGAAACCAUGAUUUGUCCAAAUAAUCAGUGAUGAAAAACCCAAACAACGGAACUACUGCUGCUCGUUAUCCCACGCAUCCAAUUCCUUCCCGACAGAUUUGAUGGUACAAGUUAAUGUUUACGUAGAGAGAUUAAUCUAUGUUAAAUAAAGCUGAAUUGUUGUUGAUUGAUAGGACUCUCGAGUUGUCGCUGUUAUUACUACAAACUUUCUGGUAUGGGAGUGCUGUCGGAGUUAUUGGAAGUAGUAGUUCCAAAUGGAUAGUUUCUCUUGAACGACCCUCCAAAUCAUAAUUACAAGUGGGAAACUCUGAGAAAUUGUGUUACCUCAGUUGCCAAGUUGUGACAUUUAACCACGGACCAUUCCCAUUUUCAACCCCAAAAAAUGACAACAAAUCAGUUUGACAAUUACAAACUUAUUGUGGCUUGUUACAUUCCCCAGCAAGAACAUGUUACAUUCCCCAGCAAGAACCAAAUGUCACUCAAACAGAAGGGGGAACUAACAAAGAGUCACUGGCAACAACUGACACAAAACAGGUUGUGUUUUAGGGGGGGUUCUGAAAGACACUCAUGGGGUGUCCACUGAAAGUUGCAUAGCAACAACAAUUGGAACCUAAAAGAUGCUAAAUCUGCCCAACAACUGGCAAGCUAACUUAAAACACACCAAACUUAAAGGACAGGAAGCAAACGAAAAAGAUGCAGUAAAACAAAAUCAGUUUUUCUAGAAAUCAAAUAGGGAGCGCUAACUAACGUUGUUGUCGCGCCACUUCUCUCACAACCAAAGUAGCACUGGGACAGCCACUCUUAAAUAGCACAUGGGCCAGCACAGGUGAAACACCUUCCCACGAACGAGACGGCAACCAGCACAGGUGUAAAACAUACUGAUUAGGUGACACCAAACGAGGUGACAGCAAUUGGUGCUCCCUAAGCGCUAACAAGCUAUACUCGCUAAAGUCCAACCUCAAAACAUAAAUGGAAAAACCAAAGCCUGUAGGUGGUUGAGCAUAAUUUUGCUCAGCUAGCUAACUGUAUUAUUAUCAACAUUAGCUAGCUUAUCUAGAUAGCUAAAAACGUAUUGGUUGAAGAAUUGUUCUGACUUUUAAAGCACUUGAACACAAUCAUGUUGGACUUACAACCUCCUUUAUGGGGAAGUUUCCCGCUUCUGCUUUUGCUUCUUGCUUCUGAUUAUGUUUCUGCUAUGGUAUAAUGGCGUUCGCAACAAUUAGAUGUGCAUUCCGCCACCUACUGUGGGGGUGGAUAAUAAGGAUCCCAAAAAACAUUUGGGUAAAAAUAAAUAAAAUAUCAUACAAACUACCAAAAUAGAAAUUAGCUAAACAAAAUCAACCUGAUUUUCUGUAAAAAAAACAUAUUCUAAUCAGGUUCCAACACAGACUUAUAAGCCUCUUGUGAGGGCGGAACAUUUCCUAGCGACAAUAGUCCUUGUAGUGCUUCUGCUGUGAAGUCUUGGAGCCUCAAAAACUUAUUUGCUGCAGAUUUAAUGAUAUCCAGGUUCUUGGACUUGUUAGACACUUGUGCUCUACAAUUAAUCACUGUGGCUAUAAAUGCCACAAAAUCUACUUUCUUCACAAUGAGUAUAUCCAGAUCACUUGAUUGAGUGAAAACACUAGCAACUGGUUGCAAUGCAUCCACCUCCAUAUCUUCAACACUGUUGGAGAUCUGCUGCGCAGCCUGAUCCUUGACCCCUCGACCUCCUUCACCCUAACAGCGCACUCAAGGAAGUCCAGAGUAUGACCACAGUUACAACAUUUUCCAUUCACAGAUGAUUCAAUAUCAUACUUCUCCCGUCUUCAAACAUUUGACACGUGACCAUAUCCUUUACAAUUUCCACACUGUAAUGGUUCGGACACAAUACCUCACAUAGCUUCACAUAUUCAGGUAGAGUCUCCUCAAACAACAAUAAUAUCAACAGGCUUUUCUCCUUCCUUCCAUUUACCAUACAGGUCAGGCGAUGUGCAAUGACCACUCUUGGGAUUUUCUGACUAAGGUGCUCAUCUACAUCCAAUACAUGUUUCUUCUGACAUGGACAAUUUUGCCAGAUCCAGUGAACUCUUCUUUUGUUCUUCGUCAACACAAUUAACCAAAACAAGGCCACUUCUGGUCACCUUGAUUGGAUCUACCUUUCCCACUGCUUUCUUCACAGUCCUCAAUAUUACAAAUGGAGCCCAAUAAGAAAUGCAUUAAUGGACCGGUCCUUGUCUUCUUUCUACUACAACUUUUGCUUGUUUUGUUCCAUUCUUUGAUUUCACUAUUUUCCAUUCAUUAUCACACACAUCACUUGCCGCACUUUCGGAUUCAAGCACAGUCGCCUUUUCCUCCCACCCUGGUUUUUCAUCCCUCCAACUGGAGCUUUGGCCACCAGAGGCAAUUGGUGCACAUGUGGCACAUACAUAGGGCUUGUUCAGGAGGGUGCAACGUUACAAAAUGUCCAAAUAAAAACAUAUAGUAGAACAUGUGCCGUAUGUAUAAAGCUUCUCAGAACCUAUGAGUCAGGUUACUAUAAAUCAAAUCAAAUGUUAUUUGUCACAUGCCUUAUAAACAACAUGUGUAGACUAACAGUAAAAUACUUCCUUACAGGUCCUUUUCCAACAAUGCAGAAAAAAUAUAAAGUUAAAAAAGAUUCAACAGAAAUAUAAAGUGACACUAGGAAUAAAUAUACAGUAAAUAACAAUAACUAGUAAUUAGGCUACUUUUGAGACAAAUUCAAUAUUUUCUUAAAGGGAUAGUUCACCCAACUUACACAAAAUUACAUAUUGGUUUCCUUACCCUGUAAGCAGUCAAUGUACUCUGUAUGAAUACAAGGUAUGACAGUAAUCCAUUGUUUGGUUUAUUUUCCCUGGAACGGUUUCCAAGUGCUAACGUUUUCAGCAUUUGUGGCAUAAAUAAAUACAUAGGAGAGUGGAUUUAAUGCAGCAUUCAUGAGAUGUCAGAACUAGGAAACUCAACCAUUUCCGACUUGGAAACUCAUUGUAGAAAGACGAUACCUUAGUUCCCCAAUUGGACAGUAUCUGAAUCAACCAAUAUGAAACUCUAUGCAAAUAAAGUAUGUUCAUUUUAACUCAGAAGUUCCGAGUUUCUAACUUGUCAUGAAUGCAGUGUUAUUUUAUUUUAGUGUUAUUUUACUAUAAACCCAUUGAAGCUUCUUACUUACAAAGAUAAUCAUUAUUUUUAGAUUAUUUCUUUAACAUGUUUGCUUCACAACAUAAUAUGAAACAAUUCAAUUAUAAUUCUAACAAUAGUUAAAAUUGCAUACUAUGAGGAUUCUGUGUUAUGCACUAUAGCCCGUUACCAUAUAUGUGAUUGAAUAUUAUCUGCUGUUGGCUUGUGUGGAUGUAUGUAUGUGUUAUGCAACA